AUGGCUCACGUCGUCGAGUUACCCGGGGAGUCAAACCCCUUGACUCUACAGAAUGUUCUCAAUGCUUUGGUUCUAGCAGCAAGCUCGACGCAGCAGCAGGUGCACACUGGAGCCCAGCAAUUGCAAAACUGGGAAAAGCAGGAGAAAUACUAUACAUCCCUCCAGGAUGUCUUCCUAGAUCACUCUGUGCCCAACGAAGUCCGAUACCUUGCCAUCAUCCAAUUGAAGAACGGCAUCGAUAAGUAUUGGCGAAAGACCGCGACAAACGCCAUCAAAAAGGAAGAAAAAGAGCAGAUAAAGAACAGAGCCUUACAAGCGGGUGUCGUGGAGCCCGCAGCUCUUCUAGCUCUACAUAAUGCAUUAAUGAUCUCCAAGAUUAUGCGCUAUGAAUUUCCUCAAGACUGGCCCGACGGUAUCUCAUCGCUUAUAAACUUCCUCCGUUCCUCAAUACAGCCAGGCGCCAACCCAUUGCAAUUGCCACGAACCCUUACAAUCAUCCUGCAGAUAAUCAAGGAGCUAUCCACAGCACGGUUGCAAAGGACACGAACCAGCCUUCAAUCUGUUGCCCCAGAGAUCUUCCAUCUUCUGGGAAGUAUAUAUGUGGACAAAGUGAACAAAUGGGCAUCGCUUUUAGAGCAGGGUGUUGCUGACGAAGGAGCAUUGUUGGAUAGUCUUGAGCAAAGUCUAGUAUCUCUCAAGGUCGUUCGGCGCCUUGUGAUAGCUGGAUAUGAACACCCCAACCGUCAUAGCGAAGUCAAAGAUUUUUGGCUUUUGACUCAUUCUCACUUCAGUCGCUUCCUCCAGUUCAUCAGUGGUUCCAUUAAUCUACCGGAAAAUGUACAGAAGGCGAUUGAGAAACAUAUUUUACAGCUAUCGAAGCUCCAUGUCGAGAUGGCCAAGGAUCGUGCUGCCUCUUUCGCAUUGCUACCAGACAGUAUUCCCCUCGUUCGAUCAUAUUGGAGUCUAGUGGUUAAAUUAGGGGAGAACUACGCACAGCUAGGCGCAACUGGUGAACAAGAUAGAAAGUCACUGAUGGAAAAGGCUGGGCUCAAAGCCCUUCUUCUGAUCAGAGCUUGUUCCAAAAUGGCAUUCAACCCAGCUCAGACCUUCAAGUACCAGACCCCUGAAGAUAAGGAGGAGAAAAAGCAGUCCAUUGAACUUAUCAAGGCGGAGCUCUUUACCCACGACUUUGUGGUCAAUGUCAUGGAGCUCCUCGUCACACAGUUCUUCCGGUUCAGAACAAGCGAUUUCCAAGAAUGGGAGGAAGACCCUGAAGAGUGGGAACGGAAAGAAGAAGAUGUUUCCGAUGCUUGGGAGUUCUCUAUUCGAUCAUGUUCCGAAAAGCUCUUCCUUGAUCUGGUCAUCCACUUUAAAGACCUCCUCAUCCCGCGACUUUUAACCGUCUUCUACAACUUUGCAAGUCCCGAAAAUCAUGAUGUGUUACUGAAAGAUUCAUUAUACUCAGCGAUCGGGCUUGCCUCCGCAAGUCUCGAGCAGCAUUUGGAUUUCAACAAAUUUUUAGAAACUACACUUGUCCCAGAAGUGCAGAUUCAAGAGCAGGGCUAUAACGUUUUGAGACGGAGAAUUGCCAUUCUCUUGGGCCAGUGGGUGCCAGUCAAGUCGAGCGAGCUGAACACAGCUGCCAUCUAUCAGAUCUUCCAGCACCUUCUUAGCAAGCAAGACCCGUUGAACGAUUUGGUAGUCCGCAUCACAGCCGGUAGACAACUAAAGAACGUGCUAGAUCCGUUCGAGUUCUCCCCCACUGGAUUUCUGCCCUAUGCUCCCUCCAUCCUUCAAGACUUGAUGUCUUUGGUUCAAGAGGUUGAACUCUCUGAAACCAAGAUGGGACUUUUAGAUACGGUCCGCGUGGCUGUAAUCAAGAUGGAAGACCAUAUUGCCCCGUUCUCGGAUCAGAUACUGUCGUUGCUACCCCCGCUAUGGGAAAGUUCCGGGGAGGAACAUCUCAUGAAACAGGCUAUUCUUACCUUACUGUCGUCGUUGAUCAACUCCCUUAAGCAGGAUUCAGUGCGAUACCACUCUCUCAUCCUACCUCUCAUUCAGAACUCAGUGGAGCCAGGCUCUGAAACACUAGUAUACCUGCUCGAUGAGGCACUAGACCUCUGGGGUGCUAUUUUGACGCAAACUCCAGCCCCAGCUUCUCCUGAAAUCCUUUCUCUUCUUCCUGCACUUCUCCCCAUUUUUGAAGCCGCCACAGAUAGUGUACCGCAAGCCCUUCAAAUCGCAGAAUCAUAUGUCUACCUUGCGCCACAAGAGGUGCUCAGUGACCGAGUACGACUUCCUUUCCUCGCUUCCCUUGAGAGUCUCUUGAAAUCUACAACACGCCAGCGCCUCGGCGUCGUGCCACGCCUAGUCGAGUUAAUAAUACGUGGCACUGAGGCCGUGGAUGGCGGCAGCGAAAAUUCAUAUAAUGUUAUCACACGAUCGCUCCUCGACAGUUCCUUCCUAUCAUCUCUCCUGGAAGGCCUCUACUCCGCCCACGAGGCCAGCCAGACUACCGGACCUAACAGAAAACAAACAUCUGUAUAUGGCGUCGUUGAGACGGACUAUUUCUCCGUCCUUGCCCGCUUAGCACUCGCGUACCCAAAGAUCUUCGCAUCAGCCGUUUCCGCCGCUACGGGGACAUCUGAAGAACAAGCCAUUACCUGGCUGCUCACAGAAUGGUUCCUCCACUAUGACAAUAUCGGAAGCACAACGCAAAAGAAACUUCAUGCGCUUGCACUCACCCAACUACUCAACCUGAAUGGCCCAGACACACAACCACCACCAUACAUACUUAGUCACCUCCAAUCCUAUCUCAACACAUGGGCAGACAUCGUCACCGAGCUCGCCGAAGGAACCGAGACCGAAAAUGACCCCCAUGCUGGCGACCAUCUGGUCUACUGGAAUCACGCAGAAACUGGCAAGUGGGAUGAGAAUGAACCGCCCGAGAACGAGCGCAAACGUCACUGGGAAAAUUCUGACAUCCUUCACAAGAUCAGCAUUCGCGACUUCAUCCGAGAUCGACUGCGCUCGUUGGUUGUUGGAUGCGGCGGUGAACAGCGAUUCCAAGACGAAUGGCUCCUCAACGUCGAUCGUGAAGUUGUAUCUGCAUUUGUCGCCCUUGGGCUUUUCUGA